AUGGGAUUAUUGACAAUUAUAAAAAAGCAAAAACUCAAAGACAAAGAAAUUAGGAUUUUGAUUCUAGGUCUUGAUAAUUCAGGUAAAACAACAAUCAUCAAGAAAAUAUUAAAUAAAGAUAUAGAUGAAAUAUCACCAACUAUGGGGUUUGAAAUAAACACGUUAGAAUAUCAAGAGUAUACAUUAAAUAUAUGGGAUAUAGGUGGACAAACGACGUUACGUACUUUUUGGAAUAAUUAUUUCGACAAGACUGAUUUAAUUAUAUGGGUAAUUGAUUCAUUAAGUGAAAAUAGAUUAGAAGAAAGUUUUAAAGAAUUAUAUAACAAGAUUAUUUUACAAGAUAAAUUAACUUAUGGGAUUUAUUUGUUAAUCAUGAUUAAUAAGAUAGACCUAGUGAAAGAUAAAGAACAAUUGAUGAAUUUGAAAAAUAAUGUUGUUAAUAAUUUGAAAUUAAACGAUUCUUCGGUUAUUAAUUCAAAUCAAUGGGAUAUUGAAUUGGUUAGUGGUAAAACCGGUGAAGGUCUUGAGAAUUGUUUAAAGUGGAUUAUAAGCAAAGAUUAUUAA